AUGGGCAGUCAGCUGACCAAGAACUAUGACGUGGAUAGAGAGCCACUUAGCUUUGGAGGUAUCGGUGGACCUUGGAAAAUUUAUGGCGCAACUCGUAAAGACCGUGAAAAAUCUCCUGUUUCAAUCUUUAUGUUCGAUAAGAAAACAAUAGAUAGGAAACCAGACAAAAAUGACACAAUUAAUCGACUAAAACUUGAAGUGACUAAUCUCGUCCGUCUCAGACAUCCUUGCAUUCUUCAAGUUGUUGAGCCUUUACUAGAAGAUAAAAACACCUUAGCAUUUAUUACAGAGCCAGUGCAGUAUUGCUUAGGUGACUUAUUAAGGAGGCCACACAUUUUAAGUACCAUCUUAUGUGAUACUGAAGUCAGAUUAGGGCUGCUUGAUUUAAUUCAAGCAAUUGCUUUCAUCCACACUGAAGCUCGACUGAUUCAUUUUGCAAUUUGUCCAGAUAAUAUUUAUAUCACCAUCAAAGGAAAGUGGAAAUUAGCCGGCUUUGGGUUUGCUUCUUCAAUAACAGCAGAACAGGUAGCUAAUUUGGAUCCUUCACUUGAUAUUGUGCUCUCAGGGAAAACUAUGAGAUAUCAAGCUGAGCUUGAGAAAUUGGCACCUAUGCUACAUUUUACAGCACCCGAAGUUGUCAGUACAAAAUCAUCUGGACAGCAGGCUGAUAUAUUUUCUCUUGGCUGCACGAUUUUUGCUAUUUAUAAAGCUCUAUCUAACACAUCUUCUGAUAUUUUUCUAUUAUCAAUUGAAGAUUAUUCAGUGAGUGGCCAUAGAGCAUCAUGCCAAACAGUCCAAAGAAUGGGCCCUACACUUGUGAACUGUGUUCCUGACUUUUUAGGAGAAAAUGUAUUAAGAAUGGUUAAUGUGAAUCCCCAAGACCGUUCUAACUUGCAUGAACUUUCAGUUUCCAAAGCAUUUCAAACCCCUUUUGUAAAAGCAAUCUACUAUCUUGAGCACCUACAAGAAAAGCAAGAGUCACAAAAGCUCCAAUUUUUCAAAGGAUUAACUCAAAUUAUCGACAAAUUCGAUAGAGUCAUUAUGAAUAAGAGGCUCCUCCCAGCUUUGGUUCAAAACAUGCAGCAUCCUAAUAUGACCCCUUUUAUUCUUCCAAAUAUUUUGAGCAUAAUAAAAACCUGUGAGGUUUCUAAAGAAUUAUUCCAGUCAAGCAUAUGGCCAAGUAUAGCAAAACUGUCAUCUGGAAAAGAAAUGCCAGCUCAGAGUUUUUAUUUGAUUUUAAGCGAAAUUGAUGUACUUAUGAAUUAUACUGAUGAUGAACAAUGGAAAAAAAUUUUGAUGCCACUUGCUUUUAAAGGAUAUGAUUGUGGAGUGGCUCAAAUUCAAGAGACUCUUAUGAUCAAAACGCCAGAGAUGGUCAAAAAAAUAAGAGACAAUAUGUAUGUAAGGGUUCAGGUAUUGCCAAGGUUUCUAGGUGGAAUUUUAAAUGCAAAAAGUCCAAGUGUAAGAGAAGCAGGACUUCAUUCUUUGGCACAAAUUUACUCGAUUUUUGACAGAUCGACAAUGGUCGAGUCCAUUCUGCCAUCAUUAGAAAAAUUCAAAAAGCUUGAUGUCACAGGGAAUAUGAUUAUGCACUUAUUAGAUGUUUAUGAAGGAAUUUCGAAAUCGCUUGGCCAUAAAGCGACAGCUGUUAAUAUUAUCCCUGCCCUUGUCCCAUUAUUAGUUGAAGGAGAAGUAAAUAAAUCACAGUUUGAAAGAUUGAGCAAUAGCUUAAUGGCGAUGAUAAAUAUGAUUAAAGAUGCAAGAUCAGGAGAAUUGCAAGAAACAGUGGAAGAUGCCAAAAUUGAGCUGAAUCCGGAUGCAGAUAAGCCGCCUGAAGAGCCUAAUGAAGUUUUUAAUGAUAUUUUUGAAAGUGGAGGAACACCGAUUUUUGAAGCUCCAAUUGAUGGGGGAAUUAAAAAACAAGAAGUCCAAAAUAUUGGAGGCUAUGGAGGAAGCACAAAAAACCCAGCACAAACUUCAUAUGAGAUGCCAGGAAGGAUGAAAUUUGAAGCAGAUAAUACAAUGAAUUUUAAUCCACAGCCAAAUCUGCAAGUAAAUCAGCCUAAUCCUAUGAGAUUUGAACAACAGAUAAACCCAAUGAAUGCUGGAAAUAGAUAUGAGCCACAGCAAAGUGUUCCUAAUAUUUCAAAUCCAAUGAGAUUAGAUUCUCAAGCAAAUUCGAUGAGAUUUGAGCAACAAAUAAAUCCUAUGGGGGCGCCCACUUCUAUGAAAUUUGAAGCUCCAAGCAUGGGUAAUUCUGGGAACAUGUUUGGGAAAUUGGCUUUGAAAACUCAAGAUAAUCAGAAUGAAGAUGAUUUUUGGAAAACAAACGGUAUGAAUUUAAAUAAAAACCAGGGUCAAAAACCUAUUCAAGCCUUGAGGCCUCCAUCUCCGUUGCUUGCUAAGCAAACACCACAGCCUAAUCAAAUUCCACAGCCAAGUCAAAAUUCUUUUCAGCCAAAUUACCCAGCUGCCCCUCAAAACUUUAAAUCUUCAUUUACAGAGCACAUAAAUAAAAUGGCGAAUUAUUUAAUCCGUCCUUCUCCCAUAGCCUCGGGGCUUUGGGUUUAAGAGGACCGGGGCAUGGAACUUGUGUCCGUGGUUUUUUUUUCCUUCCUGGCCAGGACAAAACGAGAUUUUUACCCUAUGCUACAGACAAGGAAACCAGAGUCAAUGUGACAACUCCUCACUUCUGGAUGCGAAAGGUAAUGGAGAUCAGAUGAGUAUUCGGGGUCUUUACCUAUCUCCCAUCCCGGAUAGAUCAUGCCAACCUCAAGGAGAUGUCCAAGAAGUGCCUCUGUGCGUCUCCGCUUGGGAGAUUGUGACAUCACUGUAUUUUGGUGACGUCAACAGAGGGGGCAUAAGUGCAAGCCGAUGCCUAUGGCGAGGAACUUGAAAUUGGCGAUGAGGGAGAGGAGCUGAAAUAAACCCCGAAGGCAAUACAAUCUUAUGAUAAUCUAAUCAUUUACAGAGCAACAGUUUCAACCUCCUCAGCGUGAAAAGUCUCCUAUUCAAUUCCAGGCUCCACAGGAUGCUUUUUCAUUUAAAGCCCCAGGACCUCAAAAUACUCCAUUCAGCUUGCCACCACCUCCUCCCUCUCAAACUCAAGGAGGUCCAAAACGAACUAAUAAUCCAUUUGAGAAGCCAAAAGUUAAAAUUGACACCGAAGACUUUUUUAAUGAAUUUCUACAAGGAAAAAAAGACCCAUUUGAUGGUCUUUAG